UGAGAGCGAAAGCCAGAGAGCCGUUGGUAUGGCAUGUGGCGAUUGGCAGUUAUCUUUCCCGUUUCCACCUUCAAAACCAUUGUUGUGAGAGAGAGAGAGAGAGAGAGAGAGAGAGAGAAGAGCAGAAUCAGAAUUCGAAAAAGCCACACGUUCUUCACUCCCUCGCCUUUUCAGCACAAUAAACCCACCCCACAGUUUCUUCUGCUUCUCUAAUUUGUCAUGGCUGGAACUGAGUUGAGAACUUGCAAAUCGUCCGAGUAAGCCACUACCUAUUUGCCUUUUGCGUUGUGAAAACUUCCAAAAGUUCCUCAAAAUGGAAGCUUUAUCUAAGAAGACCGAACAUUUUCAAAAGAAGAAAGACGGGGUUCGCUCCUCUGGGGCCAAAACGGCUAAUUCUGAGUCGUUCACCGAUUCGAGUGCGGAGUCAAGAGAGACGAGUUCGAGUGUGUCUAGCUCCUUCGGUUCAACUGAAGAAGCUACAGCCAUCAAACCGUCCUCUUCGCCUGCUCCUCUUGGCUGGCCCAUUCGCAAGGCCACGAUUUCCAAGUGCGGCAAAUCUGAUGAAAAGGAUAACCAACCUCUUUCCCAUGAGGACAGCUCAAAAUUUAGCAGAAUCGGUUCAAAAAUGUCAGAGAUUGAUAUGAUGAAGGAAAGGUUUGCAAAGUUACUGCUUGGUGAAGAUAUGUCAGGGUCUGGAAAAGGGGUUUGCACUGCACUGGCUAUCUCAAAUGCUAUUACUAAUCUCUGUGCCACUGUAUUUGGGCAAUUAUGGAGACUAGAACCUCUGCCUGACGAAAAGAAAGCAAUGUGGCGAAGAGAGAUGGAGUGGCUUCUUUGUGUUGGUGAUCACAUUGUUGAAUUAAUUCCUUCUUGGCAAACAUUUCCUGAUGGAACCAAGCUUGAGGUAAUGACUUGCAGGCCGAGGUCAGAUCUUUUCAUUAAUCUCCCAGCUCUCCGCAAACUCGAUAACAUGCUAAUGGAAAUAUUAGACAGUUUCACCAGUACAGAGUUUUGGUACGUUGAUCAAGGAAUUGUGGCCCCAGAUGCAGAUGGGUCAGCCUCUUUCCGCAAGCCAAUGCAGAGGCAAGAGGAGAAAUGGUGGCUCCCUGUGCCUCGCGUUCCUCCUGCAGGUCUGAGCGAGAACUCCAGAAAGCAAUUGAACCACACACGAGAAUGUGCAAACCAAAUUCUGAAAGCAGCCAUGGCGAUCAACGACAGUGCUUUAGCUGAAAUGGAAGUUCCAGAGUCAUACAUAGAAGCCCUUCCCAAAAACGGAAGAAGCUGCCUGGGGGAUUUCAUAUACCGUUACAUAACAUCAGACCAGUUCUCUUCAAAGUGCCUGCUUGAUUGCCUCGACCUUUCCAACGAACACGUGGCUCUGGAGGUUGCUAACAGAGCGGAAGCCUCAAUAUAUGUGUGGCGUAGAAGGGCUCAUUCGAGGCCCCCACCUAAUCCUAGCCGUUCAACAGCAAAAUCGUCCUGGGAAAUGAUGAGAGAUUUCAUGGCUGACGGAGACAAGAGAGAAUUGCUUGCGGAAAGAGCUGAAAACUUUCUGAUAUCUUUGAAGCAGAGGUUCCCUGGUUUGACUCAAACCACCCUGGACACCAGCAAGAUCCAAUGCAACCAGGACGUGGGCAAGUCCAUUCUGGAGAGCUACUCAAGGGUAUUGGAGAGCAUGGCGUUUAACAUUCUGGCUCGUAUUGAUGAUUUGUUGUAUGUGGACGACUUGACAAAACAUUCAGACAGGUUUCCGUUAGUUUCUUCGACGGUUAGUCACAAUCCUCAGCAGAAGUUUUCUCGUCCGAUCUCAGUGUCUGUCUCAGGCACUCCUCACAAAUCAGCAGGUAGUGGCACGAAUAACUUCUCACCUGGACCACCGCUCAUAAGUCCAGCAGAGAGAACUCCUUUCAUCCGCAACAACAACAGCCUCAAACCUCAUCGUCGUGGGUUUGGGGUGAAAAGGGUGUUGUCGAAUUAUCUUGGGGUAGAGACGAAAGCCAAAAUAUGUAGCAAUUCAAGUGAAGUGAAUUGCUUGAACUCACCAAGUACUACCAGUGGAACAGAGACAGAACAUCCUGAUCAGCCAAGGGAAUCAUGUGCUCUGAAAAAAUGAACAAUAUCCAAUGUUUCCAUUGAAGGACAAGCGUGUUUAAUUAUGAAAAAAUCGUCUCUGUAUCAUCUACUGAUAUUUAUUGGUAGUUAGAGGUUGGUAGUUAUUGUUAUUGAGGUGAGUAUAUUAAGGAGGAGUUAUGAAGCAGUUCAGCUCGAAGGCAGUUGGUAUACAUGUUAUUGUAUCUAAAGUUGGCUGGAAUUGACAUUGAAUUUUAAAAGAGACUGUCGAUUAUUUGUGAGUUA